AUGGGUUCCACAGAGGGUUUAGUAGUAGAAACACUGCUUGGGGCCGAAGAGCCAGAUGAGGGUUUAGGUUUUGGAAGAAGCAUCUUGAUUAGAUUUAUUCAGUAUCUUGCAUCCAGAAACACUUUAUUUAACCUCAACAACUUCUUGGAUAAAGGUGCACUGCAAGGUUAUGAUAUGUCUACCUUCAUUAGACGUUACAGCAGAUACUUAAAUGAAAAAGCACUUUCCUACAGACUUGUAGCUGUUGACUUCACCAAAAUGAAAAGAGGGAUAGAUGGUGUUAUGAGAACGAUGGUUACAGAAAAGCUCUUGAAAACUCUUCCAAUCAUUCAGAACCAGCUGGAUGCACUCUUAGACUUUGAUGCAAAUCCAAACGAGCUAACAAAUGGAGUAAUAAACACAGGCUUCAUGCUUCUCUUCAAAGAUUCUAUUCGGUUAUUUGCGGCCUAUAAUGAAGGUGUUAUUAAUCUAUUAGAAAAAUAUUUUGAUAUGAAAAAGAACCAAUGUAAAGAAGCUUUGGAUAUUUAUAAGAAAUUCCUUGCUCGGAUGACCAAACUGUCCGAAUUCCUCAAAGUGGCAGAGCAAGUUGGAAUUGAUCAGGGUGAUAUUCCAGAUCUUACUCAGGCACCCAGCAGUUUGUUGGAAGCUCUUGAACAACACUUGGCAUCUCUUGAAGGGAAAAAAACAAAAGAAGUCUCUGCUGCCAGCCGAGCAAGUACCUUAUCCAGUGCUGUAUCUUCUCUUGCAACAACGGGAUUAUCAUUCAGUAAAAUGGACGAAAGAGAGAGACAACAGGCACUUGAAGAGGAACAGGCUAGACUGCAAGCACUAAAGGAACAACGUUUAAGAGAGAUUUCUGUUGUGUCAAAUUCUACAUCUGUGUCACCAAGCACUUUGUCUGGGAAAAGUGUUAAUACCACUACGCCUGUUGACUUAUUUUCAGCACCUGCCCCCACAACAAAUAGCAUGCCCAACCUUACCAGCGAUCUUUUCGACCUGCAGCCUACAUUUGUGCCAACUGUACAAAGCACACCUGCCAUAGCUACUUCUUCAAGCAACUCAUGGGGAGGAUUUCCUGUGCACUCGGCUAUACACAACACUUCUGCACCGAUGCAUGUAGAUUUUGAUGCUGUGUUUGGAGCUAAAUCGUCCGCAUAUGAAAAUCAAGACACAACUGCAACCCAAUUUGCAGAUGAUUUAUUGCAACCAUCAGCCUCCUUACACAACCAAAGGUCUACAACAUGCUCUCAGCAAAGUGGAAAGAUAUUUGCAAAUGAUCUUGAUUCCUCUCUAGCUAACCUGGUGGGAAACCUUGGUUUUGGGGGAACACCAUCAAAGAAGUCUGACAUGCAGUGGAAUCAGCCUACUGAAAAGAAAUUAACUGGAGGAACAAACUGGCAAGCAAGAACUACCACUUCAACAGCAUGGAAUUCAGCUACAGUACCCCCUGUUCCUCAUAUGGUACCUGCUCCAAUGAGCUACCCAGUAUCUGCAACGCAAGUGCCUGUGUAUGGAAUGGUUCCUACACAGAUUGGACCUAAUCCUCUAAUGGUUCCUCAGCCAAUAAUGUAUGCACAACCAGGGUUAAGACCAACAAAUCCUUUUGCACCUGUGUCCGGAGCUCAGAUGCAGUUCAUGUAAAGUAGCCAAAGCAACAAGGAUGUAUUAAGAACCAAAAAUGGCUGAAAAGAAGAGCAUUUCCAGUUUUAUGCCAAUACAAUCUUUUACAGGGCAUCCAUGUAUUUCCAGUGUAAUAUAAAAAUACCCAUUCUUUGAA